GCUCACGCGAUGGCGCUCGCAGCGAGCUUUUGGCCUCCGCGCUGAUAUACAUCCUACUACUUCUCACCUUCGAAGCUACAGAUAGGAAUACACAGGCAAGCCGUAACUGACGGCAUCCCCAGAAGAAUUCAAUCGUUUAUAGCAUGAUCAAUCGUGAAAUAUACCAGGGCACUCAGCUACAGGCGUUUUCCGGUAUGUUUUCUGUGAAAAAUAGUUUGGCAAUUUUCAAACAUCAAAGAUUAGAGCCUUUUAGAGACGAGGAGUUCGAUUUUUUUUAGUUCCAACCUUCCUCUACUUCCAUUCUCCUGCCAUCUUCUAUGUUCUCCUAUUUAUUUUACAACAUUGUCCCAUGAAUGUAAAAGAGUAUUUGAUUAAGAUUGAUGGCUACGUGAAGAUCGUCGCGUCUUUUCAUUAACAUGAAGAGUAUCGCUUGAUCCGUAAAAAAUGAUUUUCUUUUUCUGUUUUUACAUGCUGGAAAUCUGAAGCCAUAGGUAUUUUUAUAUCACACAGUCAUAUAAUACAUAGCAAUAACAAAAAAUGAUGUCGUACAACAAAGGAACUGCUGUCUCUGUCAGAAAGAUGUUGAUGCCCUCCUGGACCAGCCUUGGGCUAGUCCUCAUUCUCGCCAGUACUUCGAUCUUCGGUCCUUGUGUUACAGAGCCGCCUGAAGAUCGCUCUUACAAAUUAUCCGGCUCUUGCUUCUUCCCCUCUGGUGCAUAUGGCUAUUCCACGACAGCAGGAAGCGAGAUAUUUUCUGAACUCCUCCUGAGAGACUCGUACACCCAUGACGAACAAUUACUACCGGGUGGAGCAGGGGAAGAGCCUUCAGUGGUCGCAAAGAAAGAUAUUGGUGAAGUGAAUACGACGGAU